AUGGACUCUGUGCAACGGGAGAAGCUGCGGAAUGCGCUUAUCCGAGCAUUGCUCCAUGAUGAGGCACAGCAGCAGAGCCUCACCCCAGUGAUCCACUACCUUUUACAGGGGAAGGCUGGCACACUUACACUGCGGGAUUUCCAGAGGCUGAUGGUGGUGACAAAGAGCAACUGGGCAGAAGCCACCGUUCUUCUGCAGGAGUUGCAACUCCGAGAUUUGCAGCCAUCUGUGCCGCAAUGGCAGAGAGACCAUGGUUGGGUCACUAUGGCCUGCGAGAAAGCUGGGCAAUGGCAGAAGGCAUUGGACUUGCUGAAGAAGAUGGUGACUCGGAGGUUGGAGGCGAAUCACGUUGCUCAGAUGGCGACCGCCUGGAGGCUACGGGAUGGAGCUGGUGAAGCGGGCAGACAAGCUGCAUCUCUGGGGCAGCUGAACCCAGAGUUACGAAAAACACUCGUUCUGCGGUUAUACACGGCAAAAGGGCGGAAGGAUGCUCGAGACGUGGCCACGGCGGCAGAGACCCUUCGCAGCUAUGGAGCUCCCAAGCCUCGAGAUUACAUCGUGCUGCUCUCGGCCUAUGGUGAAGUUCAGCUGUGGCAGUCUGCUCUGGACAUACUGAAGGAGAUGCACGCUUUGCAAUUUGCGCCGUACAUUGUCAGCUACAAUGCAGCCCUAAUGGCAUGUGAGAAAGGACACCAGUGGCGCGCAGCUCUGGCUUUGUAUCAGGAUAUGCAAAACCUACAUCUGCCCCCUGACCAGGUCAGCUUCACUACGCUCAUUCGGAACGUGGGCGAACAGAAGCUAUGGGAUUGUGUUCUGCAGCUCUUGGCCAUGAUGGACAGGAACCACACGCCGCCGGAUGUCGUGGCCUAUAGUGCCGCCAUGACAGCUCUUGGAAAGGCACGAAAAUGGUGGCUGGCGGUGGGCCUACUGGCCGAGCUAGAAGCUGGGAAUCUGUUCCCCGACGAAGUCUGCAUGGGCGCUGCUCUGAGCGCCUGUGAACUGUCCCGCAAGUGGCGGCACGCCUUAGCAUUGCUUCGUCGAGUGGCAGCUGUUCAGAAAGAGCCUCCUAUGGAAAACGUAGAUUUUCUCGGUCUCACCGGCACGGACUGGGAGCCUUUGGAGAAGUCGCUUGGGCUUGUUGCGGACUCUAAAGAUGAGGAUGAGGAUCCAGAGCUGGAGAGCAAGUGGCAACACUUCCGACGCCUCCACCAAGUCUCAGAUGAGAUAGAUGAAGACUGGAGGGCAGCUGAGCAAGUACUAGGCAUGCUGGGCCAGAAAGACCAAAUUCCUACGAACACACAUAUCUACAGGGCAGCAAUAGGAGCAUGCGCACGCGCUCAUCAGAUCGAGAUGUCAUUGAAGAUUCUAGGCGAAAUGUCUGAGCAGUUUUCUUUGACAUCCAUGCCAAUCACGGACAUUGUAAGCGGAUGUGCAGAUGUCAGUGACUGGCAACAAGCAAUGCACUUGUUGACGCUGCCGAGCCAGCCAGACAUAGUACUUUGCAAUGCGGUUAUGGAAGCCUGCAGUAGGGCCACAGAGUGGAAGCGUGCCGUAAGCCUCCUACAGUUUGUGCUCAGCCAGAUGUCUCCCUCCGUGGUGACAUUUAAUACUUUGUUAUCCUGCUUCGCCAAGUGCAAUGAGGUCAGUCAAGUAGAGGGACUCUUGUCCGUUAUGCAGGAAGUCCGGGUCACCCAGGACACACUGACAGACCGCAUCUUGGCCGAAGCAGGGCUUCUGAAGUCUGCGCGUAUUCAGGCGCUGAGACGGGGCACAAUCGCUCCAUUGGAGAGCAGGAGAAAGCAAAACAAAAGAAUGGAAUCUGCUCAGCUUUGUGUUGCAUUUGCGUCAUUUUGCGUCCUAGCAGAAUCUGGAAUGAAGGCUUUGUUGCUCGUCACCUCGGCAAUCGCUGCGCCAGAUGCAUCGUGCAAGAGCAAGAAGGAGGGCAAGGCUCCAGGUGUCUUGCUGAUGCAGACAAAGACCGGCACCCUCACCAAGGGAUCUUCAUCUCACGCUGACAGCCCAGUGUUGGAUGAGAUCCGGACAUUUAAAGAGGAGAUGACGGCCAUGAUGACCGACUUGCAGGGUAAGGUGGGCGCUUGCUGCAAUUGCUCCAAAGGAAACGGCUUUGGCAAGGACGGGCAGGAAGGAACCGGGCUUUGUGCGGCGUUUGGCGAUCCACACUACAUCACCUUCGAUGGUGCCCAGACAACUUUUGUUGGUGACAUGGUGCAAUGGAUGGUGAAGGGCAAUGCUGUUUGGCUUCAAGCUCUGUCCAAGGGAAGUCAGGGCAGACUUCUGGGUUUCGCGGCUGGUGGACCUUUCCUGUUCGGGCAUACGUUGGUCGUAUGGAAAGAAGCUCUCGACGGCCCAUUGAAAGUUACAUGGGAUGGCGAGCUGAUCUUGCAGGAUGAUGUGAGCGAGUUCCACUUCGAAGAGCAGCCUGGAGUGCUGGACGCUUAUCGACGCCAGUCUUGGGAUGCAGAUGUCUUCGACGACCGCAUUCUGAAUCUACGCACACACAUGCAGUUCGCCGUUGGAACGUUUCCAGAGAGAUUCGUGACCCUACCCCAGACGGGCAUUUACAUGUUCAAACUGCCGAGAAACAUUGCCGUUUCGGUGACGGGCGUUGACUUCAUGUCUUUGGUGAUCUCUGCACCUCCCGAGGCAGGAGGCCAGGGCGGGUACUGCGGAAAUUUCAACUCUGACCCGGAUGAUGAUGCGGAGCCCAUCCUCCCUUCUUGGGACCGCCCUAUUGGUGCCAAUCUGGAGCCUAUACCUCAGGCAAUGUCGCUUUUCCCUGAAGACCUGACUGUAGCCUUGCUUGGGGAGUCCGCGAAAGAGCACAAAUCCAUGAGCGAGGCAGAGGCCAUUGCCGCGAAGUUGAAACGAGUCACCGAGUGCCCACCAACCAUCUUGGGAAAGGCGGAGGCUGCUUGCAAUGGACUGCAAGCUUCAUUUCACAAGUUCUGCGUGUUCGACGUCUGCAUGACCAGAGACAUGGCUGCCGCGGGCUCUGUCGGCGCAGCUGCCGUCGUCGAACACAAGGUCAAUGCAAGAGGCGUGCCCGUCUUCAUGGGGCACGGCCGCUGUUUGGACAAAGAUGGCAAUGGCUUCGUGAGCUUCCCCACCAAGCUGCGCACCGACACUGCCUGUCAACAGCUCCUCCGCACUUUGGCCCUUACAGACGGCGUUAUGGGAGCGCAGCUAAAGCGUGGUGGGAUUUGCGAGGUUCUGACCACCAAGAAUGUCAACCCAACCAGCACCGCUAUUCCUGGAGGAUGGGGCUUGCCAGACACUCCGCGCGAGGAUGUUUGGCAGCAGAUUCGCGCCUUGCCAGUCCACCACUUGUCCAAGCAGCCGGAGGUACAAGCAAAGACAGCCACACCACGGUCCGGAGACACGGAGGGCAUCAUCGCAGAUACUACCGAAGAUGGCUCCUACAACUGCUGGCAGCUGAACUGA